CCAGCUGUUGCCAGUAUCCGCCGUGGAUGUAUACGAACAACGGUGCAUCAACUGGCAGAUUGUCGCCGUAAAUGUCCACAUUGUCCCGAUCGCCGCUACCAUACGUGUACCAUUUACAGUUCAGCGCGUACGCUUUUGCUUGCCAUCGCACACGCAUCGCAAGGGCCCUCAUUAUCAAUCGUAUCCAAACGUGAAACGGCAGCAGACACACAGAAACCAUCGUACCGCACUAAGGUGCAUGCUUCCUAGCUCUGUGUGACGGAAAACGACCAUAAUAUGUCUGCGCGAAAGGCAGGUCUAGAGUCGAAUCAUACCGCGGGACAGGAUGACGAAAGCAGUCUGCGAGCUAUAAGCAGUGUGGAGCAUCAUCCAUUGAUACGAUUCAUCGAGCUGCAGGAUAAACAGAACAAUGUGACGGAAGUGGAAAUUCCCGUCCCAUACGGAAAGAUCGCCGGCAAGUGGUUCGGACCGAAAAAUGUACGCCCGAUUCUGUGCCUGCAUGGAUGGCUCGAUAAUAGUGGCACAUUCGAUCGGUUGAUACCGCUGCUGCCGGAAGAUGUAAGCUUCCUAUCGAUCGAUCUACCCGGUCACGGUUACUCGUCCCGCAUACCGGACGGUAUGUCCUACUACGUAAUGGAUUGCGUUCCGCUCAUCCUAGGCAUUAUGCGCGAGUACGGCUGGGCCAAGGUAUCGCUGAUGGCACAUUCCAUGGGUGCAACCAUAUGUUUCAUCUUUGCCGCACUGUUUCCCGACAAGGUCGAUCUACUGAUCGGGCUCGAUGCGUUGAAACCGCUCAGCUUCUAUGCCGAUCGGUUCCCGCAGCGUGUGAGCAAGCAGGUGCUGAAGUUCAUACAGGCUGAUAUAAGAAAUCAGGAAAAAUCUGAACCACCGUCCUACACGUACGAGGAAAUGAUCGACAGAUUGUACGAAGGAACCGCUGCUUCAGUGUCGCGGGAAACCUGUCCCUAUUUGCUGCAGCGCAACAUAAAACCAUCGCGCAAGUUCCCCGGGAAGUAUUACUUCGAUCGGGACAAUCGGAUGAAGUACAACGUCAUACCGGGUUGGUCGGACAGUGUUAAUGUGGAGCUGGCGAAACGUAUUACGGCACCGUUUCUGACGGUGAAAGCGAUAGACUCACCGUACCCGGGGUCGAAAGAAGGGUUCGAACAAACCGUAACCAUCCUGAAGGAAUCCAACCCAAAGUAUGAAGUAGUGUACGUACCUGGUUCCCAUCAUGUACACCUGACCGAGCCGGAAAAUGUCGUACCAGUGUUGGUGGACUUUCUGCGAAAAUAUUGGCACAAAGAGAUGGACGUAGUUAGUAAGCUAUAAAGAGGCAA